UUCCUAUUACCUCAUAAGCUAUAUUUUUUGGAGUGUGUUGCACCAAAGCUAAGCACAACGGCUGGAUUCACAUACUGGAUUAGCACUGUUUUGGGAUUCAGUACAUCUUGUGAACAUAACUCAUAAACAAACUGGAAAAAGUAUGAUGUUUAGUUCUCUCUACCACCCUUCUAGUAUUUAUGAUACUUAAUUUAAUUUUUCCUCACUUUUUUCCUUAUAUCCACUUACCUGUGCCCUGUUUUAUUAUUUCAAUUUAUGUGGUUGUCCAUCUCCAAUUCAUGAUUCUGGUUGGCUAACCACAAUUAAAAACAUAAUAAACUAUAUAAUUUUAAAAACAGUGCACAGUUAUAAGCACAGUUGAGGUAAAAAACAGAACCACCACCAACAAAUUAACGUAACUAUUGCACAGACUGCACCACACAUUUGUGUCAAAAAUACCAGUGAUAAAAAUGUGUCUAGGUUUUAUGAAAGAUCAGCAGGGUUGAGGGCAUUUUAAUCUCUGAGGGGAUGAAAUUCCAAAUGGCAGGUGUUACAAUAGAAAACAUUACUAUUUGUAUUAUUUAUGCUAAUUAUUCAUAAUUAAAAUGGCUCUAACCUAAGCAAUUUUGAAUGCAGGCAAAUUUAUGCCUUUUAUCCAAUGUUAUCCAAUUUUUGUUAGGCAAGCAGAUUUGGGCUUCAAAAAUCCACGUAACCAUUACAUGGGAAAAAAACAAAAUUAUUUUUUCCUGUUUAUGUGUGGAUCUGUAUGUGCACACACAGAGAAGAAGUGGAUCAUUUAGAGAAAUCAUUGUUUACUUUCCUUAUUUUAUCUUCCAUUUCCAAACAUAUUUGCCCUCUUUAAUGAUCUAUCUUUUUAAAAGGAUUUCUGUUCCAGUCCAGCCUGGAGAUAUCAUUCACUUAGAAGGAGAGUGCAAUUCUGGUACCUGGAUAAUAAAUGCAGAUUCAGGAUAUUUAAUUCUGUAUCCAGAUGUGCUACUUUCUGGGACGACUGUAUCAAAGAGCAUUCAGUGCAUGAGAAGAGCUGUACUAAGUGAAAAGUUCCGGAAAUGUGAACAAACUUCACGUGCAAUGCUGGUAGGCACAAUUCUACAUGAAAUUUUCCAGAAAGCGGGAAUAAAUUUUACGCAAGAGAAACUGAAAGAAAUCGCUUUCUCAGCUGUUCAUGGACCAAAGUAUCUAAAAGAACUGUAUCAGUUAAAUCUGGAGCAAAAGGAUAUAAUGCAUGAGAUUGAGGAAUACUUACCAUCUUUUAUUAAAUGGGCAGAAGUCUAUACAUACAAACACAGCCAAAAUAAUGUGCAGUUAAAACCGCUAGGAGCUAAGUCCUGUUCUAAUGUCAAAGUUACAGAAAUCCUGGAUGUUGAGGAGAAUAUCUGGUGCCCCAGGUUUGGCUUAAAGGGGAAGAUUGAUGUUACGGCUGGAGUAACCAUUCAUGAAAGAUCUAAAACUCAGACCAGAAUAAUGCCACUGGAGCUUAAAAGUGGAAAAGAAUCUAACUCUGUAGAGCAUAGAAGUCAGGUAAUUUUGUAUUCCUUACUGUGUCAAGAAAGGCGAGUUGAUCCUGAAGGUGGAUUUCUCUUAUAUUUGAAAACAGGCAAUAUGAUUCCUGUAAUAGGAAGUCGCAUGGAUAGGCGAGAACUAAUUAAACUGAGAAAUCAGUUGGCCUUCUAUUCUAUUCACAACACAUAUAAAUCUAUAGGAAAAAAGCAAACACAGCUUGCCCCUCUACCUCCUUUGAUUAAUGAUAGCCAAGCAUGUAGCUAUUGUUCUCAGAAGCAGAACUGUGUACUUUAUAAUAGGGCCGUAGAACACCAGAAAGAUGUCUCAAUACCUCCAGAUAUGGUGGCUGCUAAUGAAAAGGAGAUCUGUCAUUUAAAGCCUUCUCACUUGGACUAUUUCCACCUUUGGUACUUAAUGCUAACUUUGGAGUCACAGUAUAAAGAUGGGAAAAAAGGGCGUAAAAAUAUAUGGAUGCUGCCUGCUGCAGAAAGAGAAAAACAUGGGGACUGCAUUGGAAAUAUGAUCAGAAUGGAAAACGUAGUAGAAGUUUUGGAUGGACAGUAUCUGCAUUGGUUCCAGCGUAGAGAUGAUCGUGUGCCAAUCACAACUUUGAUGGUUGGGGACAGAGUUGUUCUAAGUGAUGAAGAAAGCAGUUUGCUUGGCUUAUCUACUGGCUAUAUUCAGGAGAUCAAUAGAACCAAACUUUCCUGCUUAUUGGAUAGGAAUUUAUCUCAUCUCCCUGGGGAAACUGUAUAUAGAUUAGAUCAUGAGGAAGGAGCACUUGGUAUAGAAGCUCCUUUAGCAAAUCUUUCUAAAUUAAUGGAAAAUUCUCCUGCCAGUGAAAAGCUUCGAAGCUUAAUAAUAGACUUCUACAAGCCACAAUUUGUUCAAUACUUGAGUUCUGUUCUUCCUCCAGAAGCGAAGGACACAGUUGCAAACAUUCUGAAAGGAUUGAAUAAACCCCAGAAACAAGCAAUGAAACAAGUUCUCCUUUCAAAGGAUUACACCCUUAUUGUUGGUAUGCCUGGAACGGGAAAGACUACGACGAUUUGUGCUUUGGUUCGGAUUCUUUAUGCUUGUGGCUUCAGCGUUCUCUUAACUAGUUUUACCCAUACAGCAGUUGACAAUAUCCUUCUUAAGUUAGCCAAGUUCAAAGUAGGAUUUUUGAGGCUAGGAAGAGCUCAGAAGGUUCAUCCAGACAUAAAGAGAUUUACAGAAGAAGAGAUCUGCAGAUCAAAGUGUAUUAAAACUGUGGCUCAGUUGGAGGAACUAUACCAAAGUCAGCCAGUCAUUGCAACAACAUGCAUGGGAAUAAACCAUCCAAUCUUCACUCGUAAACGUUUUGACUUCUGCAUAGUGGAUGAGGCUUCUCAGAUUAGCCAGCCCAUCUGCCUUGGCCCUCUUUUCUAUUCACUUCGGUUUGUGCUGGUGGGAGACCAUCAGCAGUUGCCUCCACUUGUGCAAAAUCCAGAAGCAAGAGAACUUGGCAUGAGUGAAAGUUUAUUCAAAAGGCUAGAACAAAAUAAGAAUGCUGUUGUGCAUCUAACUGUCCAGUACCGAAUGAACAGUAAAAUUAUGUCAUUGAGCAACAAGCUGGUGUAUGAUGGUAAACUGGAAUGUGGCUCUGAAAAGGUGUCCCGAGCUAUCAUUGACUUGCCGAAUUUAAAAAAACUAAAACUGGAAGGGUCUUCUUCAGAAACAUGGCUAAAAGAAACACUUGAUCCAAAUAAUCCCGUUUGUUUCCUUAACACAGAGAAGGUUGAAGCCCCAGAACAGACAGAAAAAGGUUGUAUAAGUAACAUGACUGAAGCCAGACUGGUGUUCUUCCUCACAUCCAUGUUUUUAAAGGCUGGUUGCAAGCCUUCAGAUAUUGGAGUCAUAUCUCCAUAUAGACAUCAAUUGAAGAUCAUUACAGAUUUGAUGGCAGGCUCGUAUCUCACUGAUGUAGAAGUAAAUACCGUGGACAAAUACCAGGGGAGAGACAAAAGUGUAAUUAUAGAGCAUAUGAACAUGUUUUACAUUGUAAACUCUUAUGACAAACAGACACCGAGGAGAAAAUCUUCACUAAUAUGAAGCUGAUACACUGAAUUCUGCCAGAAGGUACUAAACUGGAUUGUUCCAGCUUGCUGUUUUACACACUAAUGAUGCCUUAAAUAGCUAUUUGGGCAUUUUAAAAAUAGAUCUUAAAGGAUUAUGACAGUAUAUCUAUUUGUAUUUUUCCCAUUUUGAAAAAUAAUAUCUAUGUAAUUGAGUAUUUUGAAUUCCUUUGAUCAAGAUUUUGUGCUCGUGUGAGUAGCUUUAGCUUUUUAUACAGAAGUCUUAAAAAGUAUGCAGAUAUCACUUCUCGCUUUAGUUAAGCAUGAAUUGACCCAAUUUGUUUGUAUUACGUCUUCCUCUAUGCCAUAACAAUUCAAGAAAUGUUUUAGAUGUUGUUUCAAAGCCUGAUCCCCAUUUAAUUAUAGUUUUUUCACCCUAUGUUAAAGUUAUUUUAAGAGAAAUAUUUAUUUGGCACUGCAGUGAUGCAAUUUUAGUAAGGAUGUUUGAAAUGCUCUUUUCUAAUCCUAACAAUUUUUUGGGGAAAUGGAACUAUGAACCUCAAACUCAUUGCAUGUUUUAAUGCCAUUUAUUGAAGCAGUGUACGAAUUCAAUUUUAUGUGUGUGGAAAUAUAUCCUACACUAAAGCUACCUCUUGGAUGAUACAUUUAACUUUCCUUUGGGUGUGAUUGUUGUAUCAAGCCCCAAAAUGCACUAAAAUCAAAUUCUUUUCUAUGUAUAUUUUUGUAAUAUUUUUUACCUCGUGUAUUGAACAUUCUUAAAUUCUCAUAUGUUUUUGUAGUACCUGUAAUAAAAUUAAUAUGAC